CAUGGAAGAGAUAAAAACAAUGCCAUUACAGAUUAGUACGAUAACCACAACCGUGUACAGACGCGCUUCUAGUAUUAUCCAUGCUCUAUAUAGUUAUACGUAUUUCUUGAUAAAAUGUUGGUGUUAAUAUUUAGUUUCGCAGGACUUCUGUCACUUGUAUCUUCCGAAAGCUGCUUCUUUCAAAGAUGCUUAGGAUGUCACCCUCAAGAAACAGUAUGGCCGGGUUCUUCAGUUGACUGCGGGCCAUCAAACUGGGUCACAGCGCAAUGGUUACAUAAUCUUGGACAUCCUCCACCAUCAACAGAUUCAAAAAUACCAAUAGAAAUGCGUUGUCUAAAAAUGGUAGCAACGCCAGAUAACAAAUCUUACGGCAACACUGUGGACUCAUUGCGGGGUUGCGUACCUAGGGCUCAGGUGGAUUCAGUGUGCCUUGCUCUAGUAGCCGUUGAAAGAGCUCGAGGGCACAGCAACGCCAGAUGCUUCAUAUGCAACGGUGAAAAUUGCAACUCUGCCAUCAAAACUUCCUAUAAAUUAUACGUUUUCAUACUAUCUUUACUACUGUACUAUGUAUUAAGAUGAAACUAUUUAAAAUGAUACUUCAGAAAAAUUCUCAAAAUGAUUCUUUGAUUAACAAAUACUAGCAAAUUAUAUUUGUGUUACUGUCCGUCAAUGAUAAAUAAUGGAAAAAAUAUAAUGUGGAAGAUGAGAAUAAAAAGUUUGAAAGGAAACAAUUUUAUACAAAAACCUGUAAUAACUUUAAUAUAAGUUUAAUAUACAAAAGUGGAAUUUGUUUUAAAAGAUAAAAUUAGUUAAGCACCUUGGACCAAAUUAAUUUAUCAUUCCCUGUGAUAUAUACACAACCUCUUUAGA